AUGCCAGAUCACCUUGGAGAUGAUAUGCGUAAAACAAAGAAGGGCGAGACAACCGAAGAAGAGAAAAACUUCCAAGCACUCGACGAAGGAGAUAUUGCUGUUUUGAAGAGAUACGGUCAAGGUCCAUAUGCCGAGCAGCUGAAACAGUUGGAUACUGACAUUGAAAACUGUUUGAAGAAGGUCAAUGAGCUAUCCGGCGUGAAAGAAUCGGAUACAGGAUUGGCACCGCCAGCGUUAUGGGAUAUUGCUGCUGACAAGCAAGCUAUGCAGCAAGAACAACCUCUUCAGGUCGCCAGAUGCACGAAAAUUAUCACCAGUGACAAGCAUGAUCCAAGAUAUUUGAUCAAUGUGAAACAGUUCGCAAAAUUCGUCGUUGAUCUUGCUGAUUCCGUUGCGCCAACUGAUAUUGAGGAAGGAAUGAGAGUCGGAGUCGAUCGCAACAAGUAUCAAAUUCAUCUUCCACUUCCAGCAAAAAUUGAUCCAACCGUAACAAUGAUGCAAGUUGAAGAGAAGCCAGAUGUGACAUACUCUGACGUUGGAGGUUGCAAGGAUCAAAUUGAAAAACUUCGUGAAGUAGUCGAAACUCCACUUCUUCAUCCAGAGCGCUACGUGAAUCUCGGAAUUGAACCACCAAAAGGAGUGCUGCUCUACGGUCCCCCUGGAACUGGUAAAACUCUUUGCGCUCGUGCUGUUGCCAAUCGUACCGAUGCUUGCUUCAUUCGAGUUAUCGGAUCCGAACUCGUUCAAAAGUACGUCGGAGAAGGAGCUCGUAUGGUUCGUGAGCUUUUCGAAAUGGCUCGCACCAAAAAGGCGUGUCUUAUCUUCUUCGAUGAAAUCGACGCUGUUGGAGGUGCUCGCUUUGACGACGGUCAGGGAGGAGACAACGAAGUUCAACGUACUAUGCUUGAAUUGAUUAACCAGCUUGAUGGUUUCGACCCAAGAGGAAACAUUAAGGUACUGAUGGCAACAAACAGACCAGAUACACUUGACCCUGCCCUCAUGAGACCAGGUCGCCUGGAUCGUAAAGUCGAAUUCGCUCUUCCUGAUCUUGUGGGACGUGCUCACAUUCUCAAGAUUCAUGCUAAGCAGAUGAGUGUGGAAAGAGACAUUCGCUACGACUUGCUUGCUCGUCUUUGCCCUAACAGUACUGGAGCUGAAAUUCGUUCAGUGUGCACCGAAGCUGGAAUGUUCGCUAUUCGUGCCAGAAGAAAGGUUGCCACCGAAAAGGAUUUCCUCGAAGCUAUCAAUAAAGUUGUGAAGGGAUAUGCCAAAUUCAGUGCAACACCGAGAUACCUCACACAUAACUGA